AUGAUUGAUCCACUCCCCCCUCCACCUCCGUGGCUCGUCGAAUUGGUCAAGCCCUUCUGCGACGCCCUCUACCUUCCCACUCUCCCUUACCAUAUCCACGAAGUCGUCUUGGCCUUUGUCCUGUAUCAAACAACUCAAUCGAUCAUAUCGCCUCUCCUUUCGUCCUCUCUCUUCCCAGGGAUCUAUCCCAAGCUCACGCGACGGACUCGGGUCAAUUGGGAUGUGCACGUGGUGUCUCUCGUCCAGUCGUGCCUGAUCAACGCACUCGCGUUAUGGGUCAUGUUCAAGGAUCAAGAAAGAUACGAUAUGAAAGAUAGUGCGGUCGAGCGCAUAUACGGGUAUACCGGGGCGUCAGGACUGAUUCAGGCCCUCGCAACGGGAUAUUUUGUCUGGGAUAUUGUCGUGAGCACCAGAUAUCUCAAGAUCUUCGGUCCUGGGAUAUGGGCACACGCAGUGACUGCCUUGUCAGUCUUCUCCCUGGGUUUUAGACCCUUUUGCAAUUACUACGGACCGGUGUUUAUCCUCUACGAGUUGUCGUCCCCUUUCCUCAACGUCCAUUGGUUCUGCGACAAGCUCAACAUGACCGGAUCGAGACUGCAAUGGUGCAAUGGAAUGGUUCUCCUAACCGUGUUCUUCUGCUGUCGUUUGUUGUGGGGAACAUAUCAGUCUCUGCGGGUCUACCAGGAUGUGUGGCACACUUUGCAUCUGAACACCACGGCUCCCCUGAUCCGCGACGCCCAUGACUCUCCCCACUCUUUUAUUUUUGUUCCCAGAGACGGUCAGUUGUGCUUGGGUGACAUGAGUUGCAUUGCGGCGCAAUCGGAAGUCAUGAAAUUUACGAGUGCUCAUACGCCAGCCAUCCCCGCCUGGCUCGCCGGUGUGUACCUGACUUGCAACUUGGUUCUCAACACUCUCAACUUCUACUGGUUCGGCAAGAUGAUCGAGACGGUACGCAAGAGAUUCGAAGGCAAGCCUCAUGACGAGUUCCCUCGCGAACGAGAAAGGAAAAUUAGCGUGGUUGAGGAGAUGGCGACCGAGCUCGACUAUGAGACGCUUUCCGGGCCCAAAACGCCUUUGGAGGAAAAAGCCGAUGCUCUGGCAAAGAGCUCGGCGGUAUCUGACGGAUCCACUCAAGCCAAAAAGCGAUAG